CGUUAGUGUCCUAUUUGUCGUUGCAUGCCGUCAUCAUCUUUCUAAAGUUUAUCUACGUCGUCUUUGCCUCUUUUAUCUUUCUUUAUAAGAGACCUCACUCGAGAUUGAUCGAGAGAGAGAGAGAGAGCGGAGAGAUAGAGAGAGCUGCCGAUUAAUGGAAGCAAUUGAAGACAUAGUGAUUGUCGGUGCUGGCAUAGCAGGCCUCACUACAGCUUUAGGACUUCACAGGCUUGGCAUUAGAAGCUUGGUUCUGGAGUCGUCUGAUGGGCUGAGAACCACGGGGUUCGCCUUGGCAACAUGGACAAAUGCUUGGCGGGCCUUGGACGCGGUCGGGAUCGGCGAACCACUCCGUCCACUGCACAACCAACUUUUUGGGUUGCAUACCGCUUCCACAGUUUCUAGCCUUUCUUCAGCCGAGAGACAAUUCGAUGCCAUAGGAACACAACGAGGCCAUGAAAUUCGUUGCGUGCAGAGGAGAACCUUGUUGGAAACUCUUGUGAAGGAGCUUCCUAGCGGCACUAUAAGGUAUUCGUCCAGGGUUGUGUCGAUCGAGGAGUCGGGCUACCUUAAGCUAGUCCAUCUUUCUGAUGGGUCAAUUCUCAAGGCGAAGGUGUUAAUUGGGUGUGAUGGAGUGAACUCCGCAGUGGCAACAUGGCUAGGCUUCAAGAAACCUGCUUUCGUUGGCCGAUCUGCCAUCAGAGGCUGUGUGUAUUACGAGCACGGUCACGGUUUCGAGCCUAAAUCCUUCCGGUACAUUGGUGAAGGAGUUAGAUCUGGUGUCAUCCCUUGCGAUGACAAGUCUAUUUAUUGGUUCUUCACUUUUUCUUCUUCCAGCAAGAAUGAAGAGAUGGAAGAGAGUCCGGCCAAGAUGAAGCAAUUCGUGCUGGGCAAGCUCGGAAAAAUACCCGACAAAAUGAGAGCUGUUAUCGAGAAAACAGAACUGGAUAACAUUAUAUUGUCACCGCUGAGAUUUCGACCCCCAUGGGAGAUUUUGUGGGGAAACAUAAGCAAAACCAAUGUAUGCAUAGCUGGAGACGCAUUCCACCCCAUGACGCCAGACAUCGGCCAGGGAGGCUGUGCGGCUCUGGAAGAUGGUGUUGUCCUAGCGAGAUGCCUGGGCGCAGCCUUGAGGGAGAAGCAAGGCAUGAGCAGUGAAGAAGAGUACAAGAGGAUUGAAAAGGGCUUGCAGAGUUAUGCCAAAGAGAGAAGAUGGAGAGCAUUUGAGCUCAUAAGCACAGCUUACAUGAUGGGAUACAUCGAACAGAGCAAUGGCAGGGUAUUGAACUUCUUGAGGGACAGAGUACUGGCCAGCUUCUUGGCCCGGCAGAGGCUCAAGAUGGCGAGUUACGAUUGCGGGAAGCUGAGCGCUUCUUGAAUUACCCUAUUCGUUUACUUAUCAAGGUGUUUUGUGCGAGCA